CUUGUGAAAGUUAAAGAUGAUCAAACGCAAAUCAACUUGUUCAGAAUAAAUCAAUGAGAUUAAGUAUAAAAUAAAAAACACCCUUUUUAUUUAGUAGUGCAUAUGAGUUGGGAUGUGGGAAGAAUUUCCAAUAUAAAAAUGACCACGUCAUAGAUAGAAAGGGCGUGCAAUACAGGUGUCUCUGACAAUAACUAUCAUUUAAUAUUAUUAAUAAUAAAAACACGAAAUAUGAAAAAUCAAAUAAUCAAUGGCGGAAGAACAGGGGAAAGCAGAUGCACAGCUCUUUCAGCUUCUUUCCAAUCUCCUCCAACAGGUGGAAGCAUUGACUAAUCAGGAGGAAGUUGAAUUGCGUUCCAAAAUUGAAGCGCUUGGGUUGGAGGUUACAAAAGUUCCUUCGAACUCGACACAGCUUGAUGAGUUGGAAAUAGCAAGGGAGUUGGAUAAAUUAUCAGCAAAGUUGGAUGAUGUUGAUGAGAUGAUAUCCUCAGCUACAGCAGCAGACCCACAGGUCCAGUCGCUCCUCAGUGGUACAGCUGAUGUAUGGAUGCCAGUUAUUACUGCCACAGUUGAUGAGCGACGGAAUUUUACCGGAUCAGUUGGAGAUGAUAAUACUCGAGCAAUAGGAAAAAGCUCCAGUUAACUCCCUAUCCAAUUCUGAAACCAUACUUCUCUUCUUGUCUAUUUUUUGGGAAAUUUAACUCUCAUUUCUCUUUGCAUUUGCCUUAUUUCUAAUGAAUAAAUGUUUGAUUUCUCA